ACUGCUCUGGUUUCCUAGCAACGGGUGUGUUUGACGUGAAAGUUUUGCCCCUCAUCUCCCGACAGCGCACAAGAGUCCGUUUUUAAGUUUAGAGAUCAUUUAGAGAGUAAAAAAAAAAUGCCCAACGUCGAAUUAAUCUCAGAGCGUGUGGCUAGACUAAGUCUGGAGAAACGUCGAAGCGCAGAGGCUGAAAGACAAGAACGGAUUUUUAACGAUAAAGUGAGGACCAUUGGGGUUGACAAGGAAGCUAUAGACAGGCAGCUGGCAGAGAAGAAGAAGCGAGAAGAGGCAGUAAAAGCGGAAGAAAACGCUUAUAAUGCCGAUAUGCUCCGGAAUACCAAGGUAGCUUGUAUUCUCCAAAGAAAGGAAGCAAAGGAGAAACGUGCAGUGGAAAAAGCUAUUGCCACCUACAGACAUCCGCACACGCAGCUAGGGAGCCACAGGGAGGACGACCCAGCCCACAGUGAUGUACAGAAAAUUCUCCCAGGCCUGGUCGGUGAGGACCCAGAAAGUAACAACAGGCUGCAGAGACAGAGGGAGCAACUCAGAGAGUGGCUCAUCCAGCAGCAGGCUGAGCAGGCGGCAGAAAGGCAUCAACAAAAGCUGGAAAAGCAGCUCGAUGACCAAAGCAGAGUAGAAAUGGACAACAAAGCACUGCAACUUCAGAGACUUGAGAUGGAGAGGAGAAGAGCAGCGUUCAUCGCCACUAAAGAUUACAAUCUAGCCAAGGCAAAGGUCGACGAGAAGCGUCGCCAGGAAGGGGGACGUAAUGUCAAGGAAAACCACUUGCAAGGAGAGCAGACAGGUGGAGAUACUGGAUGCAGCCUCAGUGUGGUGGGAGUCCCCGGGCUUUGUCCCAGUCGUGAUAGGAGAGCCCCAUCUGGGAGCUUGCAGCAGAAUCUUCAGUUCCAGAAACACCAAAUAGAUGAGAAGAGGAGGAUUGAAAUAGAGAAGGAGAGAGACGAGCAGCUCCUCGAUCGCGUUCGCUUGGACUCGGCUCGUACAGCUCUGCUACUAGAGAGGCAGCAGGCGAAACUGAACAAGCAGCUCAGGCAACAGCUGGACAGCGCCAACGUCCAACUGGCCGAAACACACAAACAACAGAAACCGGACAUUGAAAGAGGAUGUAUUGAUGACAGCUUCUUCUCAAAGUUCAACACCUGCAGCAGAUGAUCCGUGACACCUUCCACAGCUGAAUGGUACUUGGCAAUGAUGCUACCGGAGAUAAACACUGAAUAAAACCAACCGCUCAGUUCAUGUGCCCUGCC